AAGUGUCUCAAAUGUAUAGUAAAUGUCGGCCUCUAGUCGUGAGCAGCGAUUGGAUAACACUUUGACGUUAUGUUCGACUGAAUUGUUUUGUGAGUGAAAAUAGUGAGUAAUAGACAGCUAUUGAGACUCUAUUAGAGUAUUAUAUAUACAGAGAGAGAGAGAGAGAGAGAGAGAGAGAGAGAUAGACAACACUGAAGACAGCGAUUGACACACAAGUGAUCACUGAAGACAUCACUACUGAUAUCUCAUUUGAUUUAAUUAAUUGAAAUAAUGACCGAUAAUCGAGAAGACAAUGUCUACAAAGCAAAGUUGGCCGAACAGGCCGAGAGAUAUGAUGAAAUGGUGGACGCGAUGAAGAAAGUGGCGACAAUUGAUGCCGAUCUGACUGUCGAGGAACGGAACCUAUUGUCAGUGGCCUACAAGAAUGUGAUCGGUGCCCGACGGGCCAGUUGGAGGAUUAUAUCGUCUAUUGAACAGAAAGAGGAACUGAAAGGAUCCGAAACACGCAUUGAGUUGAUUAAGACAUACAGACUUCAAGUCGAGAAAGAAUUGCGUGACAUUUGUCUCGAUAUACUCGAUGUCUUGGAUAAGCAUUUGAUUCCUACGGCUUCUUCGGGAGAGUCGAAAGUGUUUUACUUUAAAAUGAAAGGAGAUUAUCACCGCUAUUUGGCUGAGUUUGCGGCCGGAAAUGAUCGCAAAGAGGCGGCUGAGAAUUCUUUGGUAUCGUAUAAGUCAGCUUCAGAUAUAGCGAUGACUGAAUUGCCGCCAACACAUCCCAUAAGACUGGGUCUGGCACUCAACUUCUCAGUGUUUUAUUACGAGAUAUUGAACUCUCCAGAGAGGGCCUGUCGGUUAGCAAAGGCUGCUUUUGAUGACGCAAUCGCUGAAUUGGACACACUUUCUGAAGAGAGUUAUAAGGAUUCGACACUUAUAAUGCAAUUGCUUAGAGAUAACCUGACGUUAUGGACAUCAGAUAUGCAGCACAACGGAGACGGCGACCAAAAAGAGUCUUCAGGUGGAGCACCGCCCGCAGAGACUGAACAGACAACUGAUGUCUCAUAAAUUUUAUCAAUUAUUUUUAGUUUCAGUUAAAAAGUCCGUCUGUUCCCUAAUCCUCAUCUAAUAACGACAUCAUUAAUACUGAUAUACUUUAAAAUUGUUUUAAUUUUAUAUAAGUUUUAAUAUGAGCGGUAAUAUUUGGUUUCACUUUAUCUAAAAUUUUUCAUUAAAUUUUGAAAUAUUAAGAGUAAAAAACUACCGGUAAUACAAUAAUAUUUAUGUAUCGUAUUUAACUUCAUAAAAAUUUGUCUAAUGAAACCAAUUUUUAGAGUUAAUUAAUUUAUAUUUUAGCCAAAAUUUUCUAAAAAAUUAUCGAACAAAUGGAGUUUAUUUUGUAUAUUAUUUAUAUUAUGUUCAUAGUUUGUAAACCCAAUUAUAAAAAUUAAUAUAAAUAAUAAUAAAUAACAAAAUCAGAGACUUAUGUUAAAUCUAAUUUUAAUUUAUAUACAACUAAAUUAAAAUUUAAUGAAUUUAACAAUUACUGUGAAUAUUAAAUUCAAUUUUAUAGAUAAAUGCAA